AUAUUAUUGAGGGCUAUGAUCAAGCACACUUGAUAAAUCCUGCAACAUCUUCUUUUGUGCGUACGAAGUCAAACAAGAACGUUCCCAAAUUCAUCUACAUCAUGUUGGGUUCAUUGCUCGCAAUCACGACUGCGCUAGCAGCAACAGUGGGGGCGGUUCCCUUCUCGAGCAAGCUACACAAACACACUGCACUUGUUUUGAUCGAUAUUCAGAACGACUUCAUCAACGGUUCGCUCGGUAGCCCUCGUGCAUCUGCGAUCCUGCCAAAAGUCUAUGACCUGCUUGACGAUCACCAAUGGCCGUUCAUCGCCGCUUCGCAGGACUGGCAUCCUGAAGGCCAUGUAUCUUUCGCUUCUGCACACCCUGGCGCUGAACCAGGCGAUGCUAUCAACAUUACCUUCGCCGACAGCCCGCUAAAGCAAGAAACGCAAGGCGUCUAUGCAGACCACUGCAUUCCUGGAACAUGGGGUGCAGAGAUAGAAGAUGGAGUGAAGACACGGCUGCAAUAUCUUGAGGGGUUCCGUACCACUGUUAACUACAUCAAGAAAGCGCAGAAUCACUCCGUCGACUCUUACUCGGCAUUUGCAGACAACCAGUACCAUCAGUUCACAACGCUGAACUCGGAACUGACGCUUCACGGCAUCGAAACCUUGAUCGUCACUGGUCUCAUCACAAAUGCGUGUGUUCGCGGGACGUCGAUUGACGGUAUAAAGCUGGGGUACGAGGUCAUACUAAUCGAGGAUGCCACGGAGACGAUCUCGGCGGAAAUCAAAGCAGCGGCUAUUCUGGAACUAGAGGGCUGGGGCGUUCAAGUGAUGAACCUCACUGACUGGGAGGCUGCCAAUCCGACGAAGCUAAGAAAGCAGUACACUCGAGAGCUUUGAUGUGAGAGAGACAGAGGUCCUGAACAGAACCGCCAGCUUUACACACGAUAUCGUUGAUGAUGCGCUGCAUGUAUUGCGCAGUAGGUAUCAUGGCUUGGCAGACUUCAAUGCAAAUAUAUUGUGGC